AUGGGUUCCAUAUCACAUAUGAAGUUGCGGCGGGCCCCGCUGAAGAAUUCCGGGUCCAUCGACCACCUCGAAUAUGUCGAUGUGACACCCAUCAUCGGGCGUGAAUACACCACGGCUAGACUCAAGGACAUGCUGAAUGCCCCCAACUCGGACGAUCAGCUUCGAGAUCUUGCCAUCACUAUCUGUGAACGCGGUGUUGUUUUCUUUCGCGCGCCCCAAGACGAUUUGACCGUUGAGGAGCAGAAAAAGAUAACGUACCUCCUGGGCAAGUUGACUGGCAGACCCGAAGACCAUGGCUUGCAUGUCCAUCCUCUUUACAAUGAUCCCAACAACAUUCCCAUGGCAGACGGGACAACGGAUGAGAACAUCUAUGUUAUCAAUUCGGAAGCCGCGAAGAAAUUAUAUGCGACGAUGAAAAAUCGACCAAACAGCACGGGCGAGCCGAAAGAUUUAAGCCGGGAAUGGCACAGUGACUGUCUCUUCGAGGAAUGUCCGGCGGAUUUCAGCUUCUUGCGCAUGCAAGAUACACCACCAUCUGGUGGAGAUACACUUUGGGUGUCUGGCUAUGAACUCUAUGACCGCCUUUCCCCCCCAUUCGCCGCUUUCCUCGAGACCCUGACCGCCACCUGUGCUCAGCCAGUCUUCAAAUCUGCAUCCGAAGCAGGCGGCUAUGAAGUGACAUCACCCCGCGGCUCGCCCUUGAAUGUCGGCAACAAGUUCUCCCCUGUGCACCCCGUUAUCCGCACCCACCCAGUCACAGGAUGGAAGUCGCUUUUCGCCGGCGUCGGAUUACAUGUCACUCGGAUCAAUGAUGUCUAUAACUACGAGGACCAGAUCAUUCGCGACUAUGUCCUCAGGCUUAUCACGCGCAAUCACGACUGUGUGGCCAGGAUGCAUUGGACGAAGCAAGCCUGUGCGAUCUGGAGCAAUGCAUGCACUUUGCAUGCCGCAACGCCCGAUACUCAUUUGGUCGAGGGGAACAGAGUCGGUGUACGUGCCUCGGGUGUUGGUGAGAAGCCAUAUCUUGAUCCCGCUUCUACCGGAAGGAGAGAAGCGCUCGGAUUGCCGAAGAACUAA